CCCUCGGUGGAUGGGUGGCUGCUCCCUCUUCCCUCCUGCAGCACCCUUUGAGUCGAAGCGGCAAGGGCUGAAGCUCCAGACAGCAAUGGAUCCACACACCCUUGCAGGAGAAUCUGGGAGCGCUGCAGACUCCCCAAUGAGCCUGAAGAAGUACUUGGUGCGGGCUCUGCAUCGCCUCCAGAAGGGCCCCGGCUACACCUACCGGGAGCUGCUGGUCUGGUACUGCGACAACACCAACACCCACGGGCCCAAGCGCAUCAUCCGGGAGGGCCCCAAGAAGAAGGUCGUCUGGUUCUUCCUGACGCUGCUCUUCGCCUCCCUGGUCUUCUGGCAGUGGGGCAUCCUGAUCAACACGUACCUGGCUUACAACGUCACAGCCUCCCUGGCCAUCGGCUUCAAGACCAUGACCUUCCCCGCCGUGACCAUCUGCAAUGCAAGCCCCUUCCGGUAUUCGAAGGUGAGGCCCUUCCUGAAGGACUUGGACGACCUCAUCGAGGCAGCCCUGCAGCGGAUCCUGCAGCCCGGCCCCGAGAGCGGGGGAGCGCCCCCCCCAGCCAAUGCCAGCAAGGGGCUCAACCUGCAGCUGUGGAACCAGCUCCCCUUGGUGGUGAUCGACCAGGGCCAGGAGGGCCCUCCGGCCGUCCUGGACAUUCUCGGGAACGGCUCUGCCAGCCCCGGGGGGGCCCCCCGCUUCGCCUCUUUCGCAGCUCCAGAAGGAGGGAGGUACAAGCUGGCGCUGAAGCUGUGCUCCGACAAUGGCUCCCGCUGCACCUACCGGAACUUCACCAGCGCCGCCCAGGCGGUGAGCGAGUGGUACGCCCUGCAGUCCACCAGCAUCUUGUCUCGGCUGCCCGUGAGCGAGAGGGUCGCGAUGGGCUACCGGGCGGAGGACAUGGUCCUGGCCUGCCUGUACGGGGCCGAGCCGUGCAGCCACAGAAACUUCACCCACCUCUACCAUCCAGACCACGGCAACUGCUACGUCUUCAACUGGGGCAUGGACAAGGAGCUGCUCAUCUCCUCCAACCCUGGGGCAGAGUUUGGACUGAAGAUCAUCCUGGACAUCAGCCAGCAGGACUACAUCCCGUUCCUCACCACAACCGCCGGGGCCCGGCUGAUGCUGCACAAGCAGAGGAGCUUCCCGUUCCUGAAUGACCAGGGCAUCUACGUGAUGUCCGGCACCGAGACUUCCAUCGGCAUCCUGGUGGAUGAACUUGAGCGGAUGGGCAGGCCCUACAGUGAGUGCACCAUGAACGGGUCAGACGUACCUGUCAAGAAUCUGUACGAAGACUACCCUGUCUCUCAGGGCGAAGCGAGGCUGUCCGAGCCCUGUGCCGGUUGCACGGCUGACCCCAGCGGGACUGGCCAGCACAAGGUGCUGUACUCCAUCCAGGCCUGCCUGCGCUCCUGCUUCCAAGCCCAGAUGGUCCAGCACUGCAGGUGCGCCCACUACUCCUUUCCUCUGCCCCGAGGUGCCGAGUACUGCAACAGCGAAGACCACCCGGACUGGGCGUAUUGUUAUUCCGCCCUGCGUGUGAGUCUGGACCACCGACAGGUGUGCAUCCAGUCCUGUAAGGAGACCUGCAACAACACCCAGUACAAGAUGACCAUUUCCAUGGCGGACUGGCCAUCCGAAGCAUCUGAGGACUGGAUCUUCCACAUCUUAUCCUAUGAAAGGGAUGCCUCAACCAAUGUGACUCUGGACAGAAACGGGAUCAUCAAGCUGAACAUUUAUUUCCAGGAAUACAACUACCGAACCAUCUCGGAGGCGGCGGCCACGACUAUUGUGUCACUUCUCUCCAAUCUGGGUGGCCAGUUCGGCUUCUGGAUGGGAGGGUCAGUGCUGUGCCUGAUUGAGUUUGGGGAGAUUCUCAUUGACUUCUUGUGGAUCACGGUGUUGAAGCUCAUUGCAUGGGCCAAGGGGCUGAAGCGGAGGCGCACCCAGAGCGCAGGCCCUGAUGCGAUUCCCUCUGUGUCUGGGAAAAUGGAGGCCCACUCCAACCUGGGCUUCCAAAGCGAAGAGGCCGAGGGCACUCUUGCGCAUGAGGAUUUGGUCAUUGCGGAAGCGAUGUCAGAACCCGGGACCCCUCCGCCCAAGUACGACUCCCUCCGGCUGGCGCACCUGCACCUCUCAGACCUCGACAGCGAUGGAGACGCUUCUGUGGAUGGCUUCAACGCCACUUAAUGCAAGAUGCAGCCACAGUGGCACAGCUUUCUGCACCAUUUCAUCCCCAACUGGACAGUGCCGGCCAGCUUUCCAGGUCCUUGGCUGGCUCAAGGUCAAGCAUCAAACAAUUGCCUCGGAAACAACGCUUCUUCACCUAACCCAGACGGACCGACCCUGGUGGAUGGAGGCCUGCCCAAGCUGUCGCUGGACACAGGUUUGCGUGUGAAAAAUAGCCUGGCCACCAGGCUUGCCUGGCCAGGCCUUGAAGCAUUUCACUUACACUGUGGCCCUUGGCAUGUGCUAGGACAUACAUGCGCUUGACGUGCCCUUUUGAGGGAGGGCCGGGCCACCUCCCCUCCCCCACCAGGGGACGUGGUCUCCAAGCGUCUUCGGAGGAGACUGCCUGCACCCUUUGGCUGCGACGGCCCCAGUCCUUCAUGGAGGAAGAACCUGUUGGCGCAGCAAAGUAAGAGCAGCCAAGCUCCCGGGCGACUGGGUCCUCGCUUGCUGCGAGGCCUCGCCCCGCCAGCCUGGGCUCAUUUCGUUAACUGUUCCGCCAUCACGCUCCACACCUCCUCUCAGACCCUCCCAGCGGUGUCGAAGGCCACGAGGCGAACCACAAAAGGGAUGAAACCCGAGCGGUCCCUGCUUCUUGGAACCGGCUCUUGCUUCAGGGCUGCAUUAUUGCACCGGCAAUGUGGUGGAUGCGUGCUAGGCCAAGAACCCAUCUGGGCGCCGGUGAAGAAGCUGGGCCAGCUGCACCAUUUCAAAGCACAUUUCCUGGGAUGAAGCCAGCUUGAUUUGGGAAUCAUGUUGCCGCUUUCCCUGCCAGCACGGACAAAGACCUUCACGGGACUAGUUUGGCCUGCAGAAACCUCCCCUGCUUUGCACAGGCAAAUCUGAUGCACUAUUUUCAUACUUAAAUCUGUCCCUUUGGGAAGUGCAACAACACAAGGGCCUAUCACCCAAUGGGGAACAAAGCUAAGGGGCUUGCUUUGGCGGGGGCGGGGGUCGUAUUGGUACACACGUAUUGGCCAGGAAGUUGGCUGACAGUAGCUGUAGCCCUCCUCUUUCCAGGCUUGCUCUGGUCGGCCAGAGGCUGUGUGACAGGACCGCUGAGCAGCACAGUAACCCAGGCCAGUGUAAAAAUGAAACGGAUCCACUCUAUUAUUCGCCGUGAUCUAAUGGGAAGAACUCUGAAAGGAUCAUGCAGAUCAAAGGGGCAACUAGAAUGAGCAAAAGAAGAGCCUUGUGACACCUCCGAAAGGAACAAAUUUAUUGUAGCAUAAACUUAAAUGGAUAAUAAAUUUGUUGCUCUUUACCUACCUCAAUAAUGGCCGUUUUCACCACAGCAGGCUUAACACAGUGGCCCUUUUGAAAUUGUCAAAAUGAUCAAGGGCCUGGGGAAAGAUCCAGGAGGGAAUUCCUUCACGUCUCACCGGUGGGUUUCGCCUGGGCUGGUCGGGCAUGCGUGGGCAGCGCGCAGGAAGGGAAGGGCCCUGCCCUGAGGCCACCUAACAGCAGCACAGCUGUCUGGCACCUCUGGCUCCGAAAGCAGGCCAGCCGCCUCUGUUCCUGGGAGCGGGAGCAAGCGCCUCAUAAGAGGGUGUGCGCCUCCGGCUUGAUGGCAGCGCCUGCCUGCACCAGCUCCCUUGCAAGCGGCUGCACGUGAGCCCACGACCCACGAGGAGGAGGAGGAGGGGCGGCGGCCAAUGAAGCAACCUGUCACCUGUUUCCUUGUGCAAUAUUCCAGAGUGUGUUGGGCAACAAUAAAAGGUCUUCCAUGGGUACCUGAAACUC